ACUGUUGGAAGCAAUGUGAUUGCAUCGCGCAUGUGUACCUCCACUCGUUCACUGCAGCUCUCAUCACGUCCAACAGGCACCCAAAGAUGACGGGAUGGGCUAAAUAAUUGUUUGUGUGUCACCUUUUUUUUCAUUUUGGUGGACUUGAGUUGCGUAAGAGAUUAAAUGUGCGGAUGAAGGUGGGAGAUGUGAGCGGCGUGCUGCUGGUUAGCGGGAAUUAGUGCACACACACCAGCAUGGGGCUGCUGGUCGGGGGCUGAGGCAGCGGGAAGCUCCGACCGACCAUCCGUGCGCCCGUUCGGACGGAGGACCAAGAUGCCAACCUUCUCCGUCAUGUACAAAGGAGCGGUCAUCAUCAGCAGGACACUCAUGGGUCCGUAUGGCGCAGACAGAACCGUUCAUUCCAUGGACUUUACAGACUGUGAGAACGGCUUGGGAAUUAAAGUGAUCGGAGGAGUGAAGGAGCUUACGGGAGAGGAGUUUGGAGUUUAUGUGAAAAGGAUUCUACCAGGUGGCCUUGCAUCCAGUGACGGAAACCUGUUGCCAGGAGACCAGAUCUUGGAGGUGAACGGGGAAAGUUUAAUCGGCGUCACAAGUGAAAGAGCCGUGGAUGUCUUGAGAGCCGCUUCAGCAACCAAUCACAUGCGCCUCCUCAUAGCCAGAGAUGAGGAAGCAAAGAAAGAAUUUGCUGAGCUCCUGGAGAAAUAUGGCUCCAACGGUAGCACGGGAUCAACACGCAACUCACCCAUCCAGCAAGCCCCAGGAGGUCGCUGCCUGGAAAGUACAUCGUCUGGUUCCUCGUCUCGCUCCCAGAGUCCGUUGCUGUUAAGCCCAGCUGGUGGUCAGAACCUGUACAACAACAGCGGACCCAUGCUGCGCUCUCUCAGUCACCCUGGUGAAGGAGUGAUUCAACUCAUCUCUGUGACGCGAUCAAACAAUUUGGGCAUCACCCUGGGAGGGGGCUCCAAUCGCCCCGAUGGCCCUGCAGUUUUCAUCCAGGAGGUUCUGUCUGGGGGGGACUGCCACCGGGAUGGGCGUCUACGGCCUGGAGAUCAGCUUAUUGCAAUAAACAAAGAGUCCUUGAUAGGCGUCACCCAUGAGGAAGCCAAAAGUAUGCUGAACAAAGCCAAAUUCAGCCAGGAAAUCACCGUGGAGGUUGCUUUCAUUCCUGGUAAAGGACUUUUCCCAAGCAGCACGUCUCUCCACAACGGCGUCCAGCGAGCAGCAAGCAAUAACUACACUUCUGGACGCUUAAAAGUUCACAUCCGAUCACCUGAGAUCUGUGCAGAGGAGUCGCCUUCAGUGUCCUCGCCUUCGCCGGAAAUCUGUCCGCCGGAUAUCCACAUUUCAGGUUCAGUCAACCAGAGGUCACCCACGGGCACCAAAGCUAAGAUCACACUGGACCCCUACAUCCGACUCAAAUCAGACAAGUUGGAUUUGGCUCUCUCCUUCCUUGGCUUGGAUGUCACAGACGAGAAAAGACAGAAGCUGCGACAGAGCCUGAACACAGACCCGCAAGGCACCGUGGCCUAUGGAGACUUUGUAGCGGCCACACGCAGCAUUUUCCAGGACAACCUGGAGGAAGUGAGUUUGGGAUCAGGACCUUUCAUGUUCUCCUGUCACGAAGCAGCCAGUCUGAUGGACACGUCGGCCUUUCACUCCCCAACGUACGAGUCAGAGUGCAGCUACAGCGGCGAGGAGAUGGAGCGCUUUCAGACGCAGGUGAAACACCUGCAGAGCCAGAUGAAGCAGCUCAAGGUGGUGCUGAAGGACAUGGAAAGCCGCAAGAAAACCCUUGAAGAUGAGCUGCAGAAGACCUCUGAGAAAGCGUGCGUGACGGUGGAGGAGAACGUCCGCCUAAAGAGUCGUCUGCAGGCGGCCGAGGCGGAAGCGGGCCAGCGUCACACGAGCAGCGCUGAGCAGGACUACGAGGAGGUGAUCCAGCUGCUGGAGGCCGAGAUCCGAGACUUGAAGAACCAGCUGGCCGGCAAACGGCAAACACAAGGAGGGGAAGCCGCCAAGCAGGAGGAGGUGGAGGAACUGAAUCGGAGGCUGACUGCCAUCGACUUCCAGCUUCGGAAGUCUGAGCUCAACAGGAAACACCUUGAGAUGUCCAACAGGAGACUACUGGGCUUUGCGCAGAAUGUCCACAAGGUGCUAACCACACCCAGCCUGUUUGGAGGGGAUCUCGGGAGCAACCGGUCAUCACCAGCUGCAGACAGUCCAGACACUCCAUCAGCACUUCCUGACACCGCCUUGCAGCUGGCUGUGGAGGCCCAAGGGCUGGUGCAGGACGUCAGCACAGUGACGGAGGAGGAGUUGGUGCCAGAAGUCAGCCCCCACAGCAUGUGAGCCAAAGGGGGGAGUGAUGAAGAAGUGGACAAAUCACAGGCUGGAAGGAAGCCGUCCCACUUCACCACGGUCGACAGCGCCGACACCGUCCUGCACACCUGAUCUCAAAAAGACUUGAUUAGGUCCAACACAACAAUUUCAGGCCAAAGCUGCUUGCUCACAUCCAAUUAGGCAUCAUUCUGCUGACUUAAUGAUCUCUCUCACCGUCUAUGGACUUGGACUUGCACACACAUCCCCGUGUUGUGUUGAAACAUGACUAGGGGUGGAAGAAAACCAUUUUGUAUCUAUUUAAAAAUGAUUAUUAACCCACAAGAACUGAGAGCCAUUUCAAGUAAAAUGGUGGAGGAUAUACCAGAGACCAAGUGGAACACAUGGGUUUUGUCCCCCUAAAAUAGUUACAAUCGUCCCUCGCUCCAUCAGUUUUUCAAAAAUGUAUUAAUGAUUGAUGUUCCGUAAUUGUCUCUUGGCCUAUUAUUAGUCAAAAAAUGCAUAUUUAAACAAAUGUUACGUAUUCUUGGCAUAAAGUAAGCAUUUUCAAGCAUACAAGUAGAAAUGCUCCAAAUGAACAAUACAAGUCCAGUUUAAGGCAAUACUACACGUUGAUGAACUGACUACAUUGGCCACUAGGUGUCACUAUUACCACUAUUACCACACUAUUACUUCAUCGACAACGACAGGUUUGUAUUAUUUUUAUAACUAUCUCACAACAGGCACAGUCAUAACAUAAUAAUAAUAAUAGUCGUCAUCAUCGUAAUAACACAGGCUACUGUUGUGGCCGUACUGCAACUAAAACCGAACUGUAAACCUCCAAUGUCACUUCCUGUCCGCACGUCCAGAAGACAUUUAUUGAAACACUCGAGCAUGAGUCUUAUUACUUAUUAUACUAUAUUGAGCAAUAUGAGUGUAAAGGUGACUACAUGGGCGUUAUUUAUUGUCUAGAGCGCCAUAAUAAUGGUAAAAAAUAGAAUUAGGAAGUCAUAAACAGCUUUUCUAUGUUCUUAACGACGAAUAUAUUCAGUUUAUUAAUAUUGAAUUGUACAUCGUCGGUUCUGGAACCGAUUAACCGCCGCGAACGAGGGAUUACUAUAAUUUAUGUCAUAUGUUAGUGUUCAUGGUAAAUGUAUAACUUUGAACUCAACUUGACACUUUUUGUGCUUAGCAGCACAGUAAUUGAGCCAAAUAACCAACGUUAUAUUCACUUAACGUAAAUGACAUCACGGUGAUAUUUUCCUCGAUAGUUUUCUAUGAAUUUAUUGAAGAAAUAUCGUAAGAGGAAUUGAAUUGUUAUAUCUGACACCCUAUUGACGCGUUACCAUUUUUACAUGGAUUUAAAAUGAGCUUUCAUGGAACGCUAAAUGAGUUCGCUUAUCUGAUACGCUGCCAUUUUGGGCACAUCCGUGUCACCAUGGCUUAUGGGUUCAGGCUAAAAGCAGGCAAGCUUCUGUUGCUUGUUUUCUAUGAACUCACUGAAAAAAUAUAGUAGAAGGGUUCUAUUGUGAUAUAUGACGGCUUAUUAAAGCAUCGUAAUUGUUAAAUCAAUGUAAAACAAGCAUUUAGGAUAAAAAAAAGGCUUUUUGAAAUGAGCUAGCUUAUCUGAUAAACCACCAUUUUGGGGACAUGCGGGUCACUGUGGGUUCAGGCGAAACGCUAGCAAAUGCAACUUGUUUUCUCAGAACUCAUAGAAAAAUAUAGUAAGUCGAGUUGAAUGGUGAUAUAUGAUGGCCUAUUAAAGCAUCAUAAUAGUUACAUGUAUGAAAAAAAGCUUUUCGAAAUGAGCUCACUUACCUGACACCGGCCUUUUGGGGACAGGCGUGUCAUUGUCGGAUCAUGCUAAAAGCUUGCUAGAUUCAGUAGCUUGUUUUCUACUAAGAGUUUAAUUGUAAUAUUUAACAACCCAUUAAAGCAUUUCAAUUGUUACUUGGAGUUAAAACCAGUUGUCGUGGUACAAUAAAAAGUUUUUGGAAAUGAGCUAUCAUACCUGAUACACUGCCAUUUUGGGGAAGCCGGAGCCUGGGAUAGUCACAUGACUAUCAUCCUGAAUAUUUCCUAGAUGUCACUUGAAGCACAAAGCUGUGUAGGCCACUUUGUCACACAUUUAAGAGUUGGCUUCCGGUCCCUUGAUUUACAGCACUGUUAUGACAAUAUUUCUGUAACUGUUAUUUUAAUCAUGGAGUUACGGAUGUGCAGUGAUAAUCGCGAAUGGCAGCCAUCAGAUGGUGUGAUGGCGGGACAUUCUCACCCACCCCUAAGCAUGGCCUCAACACACACACGCACGCACGCACGCACACACAACUGCAUGUAAAGGACAAUCUCCAUCCGUUUGAAACGUUAAUAACUCACCACCAUCUGCUGGUAAGAAAUGUUUAAAAAAAAAAAAGCAGUCUUCCUCUUUCCAUCCGUGUUGUUUCUGUGUAAUAAGUGAAGGAUGUUGUCACCUAACACAAUGAGCAAUAUUCAUUCAGUCAAUCGAUGCAUGUUGGGAGGGAUAUUACUUCAGUAGAAAACUCACUGCUCCUGCUGUGUCCUCAUCAUCUUUAGGUAGCCAUCAUCCAUCAUGUCGAUCAACGAUCAAACCACAUCUUUGCUGUGGCCUCAUUCUUUCUCUUACACUUUUCUAAUAAAGCAAUGACUGGA